AGGACUCUUGAAAUACUCAGAUUAACCAAAACAGCAUUAGCAUGCUUCAGCUUUCAUGGAUUUCAUAGCCGCUUGUGUUUUGUGACUGUUUUAGCCUAUAUAUCUGUAUAUAGGCCAUUGUUGUAGCAUUUAAAUUUGAAAUCACCAAAAUCAGUUGCUUAUUGAGGCAUUAUGUUGAAGUCUGGGUUUGGCGGCGGAGGUGAUGCGUCUUCACCAUUAAAAUUAUUCACUAAUGCCAAGAAGAAAAUAAAUGGGAUUUAUCGAGACAUAGGAAAUUAUGUCAGUGAAUUCCAUACUUUUGUAGAAGAAAUUAAGGAUGUUGAAGAGAAUGAACUUGUGCAUCAGGAAUUGGUAGAUCAUAUUCAAACAUGCGCUCAAAAAGUAAAUGGAAUAAAAGAGAUGUUACUCCGAGAUCAUAUGAAGGUGGUUUUCUUCGGAAGAACUAGCAAUGGAAAAAGCACUGUAAUAAAUGCUAUGCUGUGGGAUAAAAUAUUGCCGAGUGGACUUGGUCAUACGACCAAUUGCUUCUUAUCAAUAGAAGGAUGUGAUGACAAAGAUGGACCAUAUUUACUUUGUGAUGGAUCAGAGGAGAAGCGUAAUGUUAAAAGCGUAUCACAAUUAGGACAUGCACUCAGUCAGGAAAGCAUGUCUAAUGACAGUUUGAUUAAGGUAUGCUGGCCCAAAAAUAAAUGUUCGUUAUUGAAAAAUGAAGUUGUUUUGGUUGACAGUCCUGGUAUUGACGUAACUGAAGAUAUGGAUAGUUGGAUCGAUGCUUACUGCCUUCAUGCAGAUGUUUUCAUUCUUGUUGCAAAUGCUGAAUCAACUUUGAUGUUGGCUGAGAAAAAAUUCUUUCAUAAAGUAAACGAACGUCUAUCGAAGCCUAAUAUAUUUAUACUCAACAAUAGAUGGGAUGCAUCAGCUGCUGAACCUGACCUUAUGGAACAGGUGAGACAACAACAUCUGGAACGUGGAAUAUCAUUUUUGGCAAAAGAACUAGGUGUUGUUACCCCACAGCAAGCUAAAGAUAGAGUUUUCUUUAUUUCUGCAAAAGAAGCCCUUAAUGCUAGAUUGCAACGCUUACAAGAUGAUAUUAUUUCAGGAAUGCCAGAAGCUGGUGGUGCGCUAGCUGAAGGAUUUCAAGCAAGAUUGAUUGAAUUCUGCACAUUUGAACAUAGUUUUGAGGAAUGUAUAUCGAGAUCUGCAACAAGAACAAAAUUUCACCAACAUACUCAAUGUGCUCAAGAUAUAAUGAAAAGUCUUCUGACAGAAUGUGAGAGUUUACUGAAAGAAUCAUCCAGAAUGAAACAGGAAUGUGAUGAAUACAAUGAACAACUGGAAAACCAAAUAACAUUUUUAGAGAAGCGAUUAAAGUUACUCACUGCACAAGCUAAAGAAGCGAUUACACGAUUGGUCAGCGAAACAGAAUUUCAAGUUCGUCAAGCAAUGUCUGAUGAAAUAAGAAGAUUGUCAUUACUUGUUGAUGAGUUUGAUCAACCAUUCCAUCAGAAUAUGAUGGUUCUACAAGUUUAUAAAGCGGAAUUGUAUCGACAUGUUGAGGAAGUUCUUGGAAGAAAUCUAUCGGCAAGAUGUUCAUCUUCUUUGCAAAAACAAAUAAACAAAAGUAAACAAUUGAUGUUGGAUGAAGCUCAACCAUUAUUUGAAUGCAGUAAUAAUAGUGAACAAGAACCGGUUUUGGUAUCUCAAGCACAGAAUUCAGCUUUUGAUAUGUCAUAUGAUAUCAAUUGUGCAAGUUUGUGUCAAGAUUUUCAGGAAGAUAUAGAGUUCAAAUUUUCUCUUGGUUUCAAAUGUCUGAUGGGAAGAUUUAUUGGUUCACGAAAAGCAAUAGCUCCUUCAGAAGUUCCAAGACCAAUAUCUGGAACAGGAGAGGUCAUUGCUCACCAGCGACAACAAGCAGAUGAUAGUUUAUCUUUGCAAGACAUUUUGACAUCAGUCGCUGCAAGUUAUUUGAAGCAUAAUAAUAGUCAAUCAGCUGGAAUGCUCGUAGGAAUCAUAAUGGUUCCCUAUGCUUUGUGGAGAACUAUUGGAUGGAAAGCUAUUGUAUUUACUGUUGCAUCAUAUGGAUCACUGUAUUUGUAUGAAAGAUUAACAUGGACUUCCAGGGCACAAGAACAUGCGUUAAAACGUCAAUUUGUUGAACAUGCGACUGAAAAACUCAACUUAAUCACAACCUUUACAAGUUCGAAUUGUUCACAUCAGGUGCAACAAGAACUUUCAACCACUUUCGCACAAAUCUGCCACAAAGUUGAUGAGAUUUCCAAAGAAUUGAAAUCAGAUUCCGAGGAAAUGCAAGAUAAAAGUAGUCGCCUCUCUGAGAUUCAAUCAAAAAUCAAGACCCUUAAAAACAAGGCUAAUUUCUUAUCUGGAGACAUUGACUCAUUUGUGAAAAAGUUUUUGCAUGAUUAUGCUGUUUAAUUAUUCAUGUUUAAGAAUAUAAUUUUUAAGGUGUUCGUUAUUUA